UCAAUGCAUCUUAAUUAGUGUUAUUUAUCAGAGGAUUUAUUUGCAUUAUUGUACAAAAAAUUGAAAACAAUAUAUCGAGUCUGGGCUGAAGUAUUUAAUCAACGGAGUUUUUUCAAAUAAGUAACACGUGGUUUACUGUUUGUAGUAAAAAUUGGGAUCUUACCUGAGUGCUCGUAAAGUAAACAAUACAAUUCUUGUGGAUGUGGUGUGCUGUGGUGUCUUGAUUUUUGGAACUUGAACUUUAUUAUUUCAUCUUUUUCAUGUCAUAAUUUCAAGACAAGUCUUAAUUUCACUCUUGAUUCAUACUAACUUCAUUAACUUCAUUGCCGCUUUGUUUACAGUUUGUCGUGUCACGUGCCAAGCCACUUUGCAACCACCAAAAAAUUUCAAUAUGUCAGACCAAAAUGACGAAAGAAAACCAAAUAAGGUUAGAUUAAAUGUGAAUGGGUUCGACAAUACAAUCUCACAAUUUAUCCUCAAAGAUACUACGCCUCUUGGAAAAAUGAUGAAGACAUAUUGUGAAAUGAAGGGUCUCGAUAUAACAUUAAUAAAGUUUUUAUAUGAUGGAAAGAGAAUUCAAAAUACUUCAACGGCUCAUGGAGAGGAAAUCCCAGACAAUGCUACAAUAGAACUCUUUCAAAAACAAGAUGGUGGUAAUUUCUGUCAAUGUAUUUUCACAUAGUCAAACACACAAACUAAUAAGGAUUUUUUUUUUUUGUCUUUAAGUGUCGUUCAAAGCUCAUUAUUUAGAAUAAUACAUGUAAUCGCCUUAAAGCGUAUUUCGAAGCUCAUUUUUUAGGAUGAAUUUGUAAGAAAAUACGUAUGUCCUUUCAAGGCAGGGCUCCUCUGUUCCCUCAAAGUUUCAUUAAAAUAUUCAAACCUUUGUAAGAGCUUUACUAAAGAAAAGAGCAUUGAAGACAUCAUAAAUAUAGAUCCCAUUUUUGUAAUGUCUGUGAUGCUCUAUUUUCCAGUUCAGCUCUUUUUGAGGUUUAAUUUUUUAAAUGAAUCUUUGUGGGAAUGUAAGGGACCCCUAUUGCAAGGGCUUAAGUAUUUUUUUUAAAUAACCAUCCCUUCACAACACUUUAAAGUGUCGUAAUGUAUUCAGAGAGGAAGGCAAGAAUAAGGCCCCUAAAAUUUUGUUUGUAAUAUAUUUAGGCAAAAUGCUGUUACCUGAUAAAGGAAUGACUAGUGCAUGUUCUAAUUACUUCCUGCAGUUAGGAAACCUCUUCUUUCUAUUUUAUUUUUCCCUUCCCAUAGCGUAAGUUUUUUUUUUCUUCUUCUUUUUUUUCAGUGAUCUUUUCAUAUAAUUUUGUAAAGCACUAUUACCGGCUAUUUUUCAAGUGAGCAUAUAUUGAGUAUGUCUAGUGAUGAAUGUUUACCAUUAAAUUUAGUGAAUUGCAUUCAGUGGUUGAUUUUUUUAUUUUUUUAUUCCUAACCACUGGAUACAAGUUUGCUUCAUAUCCACUCUGGAACCCGGUUGGGUGUUUACCCGUCAAUAUUCCAUCAAGUGUUAAAGUAUUAUCUAGCUUUAAUUUUGGUGUUCUUAUUUUCUGUAUAGAUUUAAGAUUUUUUGAAGUUAAGACAUUAUAUAGCAGUUUAACUCUGUUAACAGAAAUAUUUUGUUAUUUUUUUGUCAUUUAGUUCUUUAAGUGUUCUCUAUUCUAAGUUUUAUACCUACUUUUUUGAUAUUGUCAGUUCGACAUUCAAGUGCUCUCGCAGCAUUUUUUUUAGCAGGGCAGUAUUUGAAAAAGAAAGCAGGUAUGAUAGUUAUUAUGUAUUGUAAGUAUACCAUCGAUUAGAGACUUGUGCACCUUCAAGAUAAGUUCAAACCAUAAAAUGGCAUUUACUCUUGCUCAAUUUGUCAUCAAACGUUGUCUUCGCAAUGACUUCAAAUGUGAAUGGAAUUGUAAUUAACCAUUUUUCUUCAGAAUAGCUUUCUUCUCAGCAUUGCACUCACAGUUAUCAUAUCAGAACAAAAUGUGUGUGUUCUUUUGUAGGAAAAACUAAGUCACUGUAAGACUUUGUUAAAUUCUCAAGAAGAGAAUUGCCUUUUUUUCAAACCUGGUGAGCUUUGGACUUAACUUGCAUGUUCAAGGUUCAUAGUAGUAUUCGUCAUUUCAAUAACAAAUGUAAUUAUAUGAGUUCUGAAAUACCUAAUCUUCCAUUGAUCAACCUAUUCUGCCUUUUUCACCAUGUAGUUACCGUGAAAUUUGGUUUUUAUGUUGCUGACUGUAAAUAAAAAAAAUUAUCUUCGUUUUUAAAUAA